CUUUUGGGGGGAGCAGGAUCAUCAACCUGACCACACUUUGCACCGGACAACACAGCCUUUAUCUCAUCUGAUCUGAUCUUCGGCAAUUGACGCUCCGCGCCCUGAAAUCACCAACCGCGCCUGCAGUUCAAUGACACCUCCACCCGGGCAGAUCGAUAGUGCGACGUUUGUCUUCUCCUUCUUGAUUGCUGUUAAUACAUUCAAAGCAUGUGCUGAUUGUUAUUAAUCUGCACGAUCUGCACAGCGGAGGCCAGCAGGACGGAUUUGACGAGAAGAAAGCGACCAUGAAGCUCGUUUGCCAUGUCUAAGACAGCGGUGAAGAAGCUGCACUGGCGUUCCAAGGUGCAGGACAGCUUCGUCCCCUUGCUGGGCUCGUCAGGGGAGCUUGGGAUCGCUGUUGGUGGAGGAGCAGAUUAUGGAGAGUUUCCUUUUGUCACGUCGGCUCCGGGGGGUGGUCUCACAGUGGGGGAUAUCAUCCUAGAGAUUGGGGGAACACCGGUAUUAGGGAUGACAUUAGGAGAUGUCCGAGGCGUCCUCAACUCCUGCCCACACCCAAUCCGCAUCAAGACUGUGUCACCAGGCUCCACAUUGUGCAAGGAUCUCAGGUUGUAUCUGAGCAAGUGUUUCACACCCGGCUCAGUGGACAGCCAACUCCAGCAGGUCAUCCGAGAGAACCUCUACCUCCGUGCUGUACCUUGUACAACCAGACAGCCCAGAGAUGGAGAAAUAUCAGGGGUAGACUACAAUUUUGUCUCCAUCGAGGAGUUCUUCUCCUUGGAGGAGUCAGGAGCGCUGCUUGAGAGUGGAAAGUUCAAAGGGAAUUACUACGGCACACCUCGGCCCGUACACAUCAGUGCAGAGAGCCCCCCCAUCACAUACCAGGAACACCGCAACCUGCUCAGAAACUUCCGCACACGCAGCAAAUCGCUCAGCAACCUGGAGAAGGCUGCAGAGGACGGCGAGAACAGCGAGGACGACUCAGGCCUGUCAGGAGGCUCUGCAGGUGUCAGCAGCGUCCCUCCGAGCCAUCGCUCUCCUGGGCGGCCCCGGGCAUCCAGCAGCGGGGAUGGUCGCAUCAUAGAGAAUGGGAUCAUCGGCAGCAGGAGUGGUGCCAGGUUGAGAGGUGUGAUGCCUGAUCACUGGGAGCAGGCCUUCAGUGACCCCGGAGAGUCUCACUACAUAGACCGCACCCCAAAGAGGACAAACUGGCAGAGUCCUCGAGCCUCAAGCAGGGAGACCGUCUACAAAAAUGAAUGGUUCACGGACCAGCCUGUGGAGCUAAGGGGUUUCCCUGUCCACACACAUUUGACCAAGGGCUCCAGAGGGUUUGGUUUCAAUAUUGUCGGGGGCAGCAGGCCAAGAGAGUUCCUCCAGGUCUACAGUGUGACUUCAAGUGGACCCUCAGCACUCAAGACAGCGGACAUCCUGGUGUUCAUCAAUGACGUUUGUGUGUUGGGAGUGUCUCACAAAGAGGUGGUAGAGAUGCUGAAGUCGGUGCCUGUGGGCCACAGUGUGGAUGUAGAGGUCAGAAGAGGGUACCCAAUGCUCUACAACCCUGACGGUUGUCCCAAGCAGCCCCCGCCAAGGCUACUGGACAGCGGGGAGCCCAUCGUACCACCCACCACCACCCAGCCUCAGCCUCUUCACCAACUACCUCGCCUCCCGACACCCACCCCUCACACCCAGCACCUUAACUAUAAUGGGGUCCACAGUGACGGGAGCUACAUGGAGCCAGGGGUGACUCUGGAUGCUAAUGGGAACGCCAUGGCUUUUGCCACCAGACAGCCGGUCUCGUACAGACGCUCCAGUAUGAGCAACGCUGCCUCUUCCCCUCCUGUGCGUCCUCCACGUUCCCUGAGAAGUUUAGCACGGCUGCAGUCGUUUGACCCAACGCUCGCCAGCCAGAGUGACAGUGAAGUGGUUUCUGCCAUUGGUUCACACAGAGCAUCAAUGAUCCGUAACCACAACAACAACUCCCUCUCAACGCCCCCUCAUCCUUAUCGUUACGGCACAUCCAAGUCAUCUGAGAGUGACCUGUCCACCUGCACGCUGUCGGGCUCCCGGCUGCCUCUGCCUCAGUCGCCUCGAAGGCCCUCGUCCUCCCCCGGCGGCCCCCGCAGCGCCCACUCCCGCCUCUUCAGACCGCAGACCUCACUCCUCAGACCUCCUCCCACCCCUGACAGCCCCCACCACCGUGGCUUCAACGGUUUCCAUGGCAACACCAGCCCCACUGCCAGUCCCACCAGUGUGUCCUCUCCCGGGGCGAUGAGUGUGGGCAGUGGCGGUUUCAGCGGAGGGGAGCUGGUGCCAGUGGCCUUGGCUCAGACCGAUGGAGACAGAGGACUUGGCUUCAGCGUGAUGGCUGGCGGUCCAGGAAGCAGGAUGACUAUAGUGAAGAGAGUCUGGGACAGGAAGCAGUGCAACUCCCUGCAGCCAGGGGAUGCUAUUGUCAAAAUCAACGGAGCAGAUGUCCAGAGUCUUAGUAUUGCACAGGUACAAACAGUUCUCCAGGAACACACCAGGCGGGCAGAAGUCAUCUUGUUGGUUUACAGAGGAGGCAUCUAUCAUUCAACCGUCUCCCCAGGCUCCAUCCGAAGACUCCCUCCGCCUCUCCUCCACCCCCCUCCUCCACCUGUUGGUUCAGACAACUCCUCUAUGCUCCCAGAGACACUGCCUAUGCCUCGUACCUCCAUCAGCACCCCUCCCUCCCCAGCCCCAGUGCGCUCCUCGCUGAUCCAGAGCACCAGUUUCUUGGAGUCGAUUCCAGUGACGCUGACCAUGGAACCCAAAGACUGGAUCAACACGGGCCUGGAGGACGAGGCAGGCGGCGUCGCAAUGCCGGACUCAGGUCUGGAGAGGCAGGGUGGGGAACGAACUCGGCCGCUCCGAGGGUUUGAUGUGGAGCUGAAGAGGAAGCCAGGAGAGGGCUUUGGGUUCGUCAUCGCCUCUCAGGAUGUGGAGAACGGCAAAGCUGCUUCACUUCUCCCUCACCGGUUUGUGACGGUCCGUCGAGGCAGCCCGGCGGCAAAGAGCGGUCAGAUCCGGCCUGGAGAUCGAUUAGAGGCAGUAGAGGGUCGCUCGGUGGUGACUCUGCCUCACCGGGAGCUUGCUCAGAUCCUGCGUCGAGCGGGAAAUACUCUACGCCUCACCAUCGUCCCACGCCCCAGCACCUAUUCUUCAAGCCUUUCAGAAACCACUGAGUAUGACCCUGGUCACAGAAGCAGAAAGGGUCAGAGAUCACGUCCAAAGCGUGACUCCAGGUAUUACAGCGUAGACCUGGAUCGUGGCCCCUCAGGGUUCGGCUUUAGUCUCAGAGGGGGCAGCGAGUACAACAUGGGCCUCUACGUCCUGGGACUGAUGGAGGGGGGGCCGGCCUCACGGAGCCAAAAAAUGCAGGUCAGCGAUCAGCUCGUGGAGAUCAACGGGGACAGUACAGCGGGGAUGACCCACAGCCAGGCGGUGGAGCAGAUCCGCAGAGGAGGCCACCGCAUCCACCUAGUCCUCAAGAGAGGGAAUGGCUACGUGCCUGACUAUGGCCGUGAGCACAGAAUCACCUCCCCCUCCCUCCUGCAUCACCCCAAGGAGCAGGGUGUGGCUGCAGUAGACUCCACCGGGCGGAAGGGGCGCAGCUCCAAGCAGAAGAGGAGAAGCAAGUCUGCCGAUGGACGUGUGAAAGAGAGAGGGACAGAAAGGAGAAGAAGAAGAGGGGGCUCAGAGGGAGGAGGACGCUCUCGUUUACAAAGCCCGAUCUCCGAGCGGGGAGAGAGGUCUCGGAAAUCUAAGGACAGGAGUAGGAGGAGGAGGAAUAAAGGGUCUCAGAGUUUACCCAGAGAUGCCCUCAGGAAUUCUGAUGAUAGUGAGGCAGAAAGAGGGACAGUGAGGGGAAGGAAAAGGGAGAAGAAAAGAGGAAGGAGCAAAAGCAGAGAGAGGAGAAGUAGAAGUGAGGAGAGGGUGAGGAAGGUAGAGGAUGAAGAGCCUGAGGAGAAGGAGGAAGAGCAGGAGGUACCUGCUGUUGAGGAAAAGGUUGAAGAAAGGGUUGAGGAGGUUGAGGAGGUGGUGGAGGUAGAGGAGAGAGUCAGUUUAAAGAGAGAAGAGAGUGAAGAGGAUGUUGUGUUACCCAUUCCAAGUCCGACCCAAAAGCUUCCCAGACCCAAACAGAACUGGGAGGAGGAGAACGAUGAAAACUGGGAUAUGGCAGCAGAGUACAGGGAACUGAGGAAGGAGCAGGAGGAGGAGCAGGAGCAGAAUGAUGACAGGGGUGAAAACAGGGAGACAGAGCUGAUUGAGGAUCAGGAAGACAACGAUGCACAGAGCGGGCGUGUCGAGGGGCCUUUACCAGGCAUUGCUGUGAUAGAUCCGGUGUCACAGAGAAAGCCCUUCUCCUUCCUCACCUCCACACUGUCCAUAGAGCAGCUGGGGGACGAUGAGUCAGAAUCUGGAGGCAGCCAAUCUGACGGCAGCGUGUCUGCUGCCAGCAUCUCGGGCCUUUCUCUGGCCGCAGCGGAAGCUGGCGGGCGCAGGGCUGCUGUGGUACCAGGGCCUUGGCUCACACCCAGCCAGCAGAGGGUGGCUCAGGUCACAGGAGGGAACAGGCCCCCCAGGAGGCGGACAGGGAACGGAGACGGAAGAGGAAGUGCUCUCUCUUGACUUUUAAAUGUCCAGUGUGUAGGACUGAGGGGGAUAUGUUGGCAGAAAUGGUAUUUGAUAUAACAAGUAUGUUUUCUUUAGUGUAUAUUCACCUCAAAUUCAGAAUUGUGUUUUCAUUACCUUAGAAUGAGCCGUUUAUAUCUAGAUAGGGAGCAGGUCCUUGUCUACGGAGGUUGCCAUGUUGCACAUCCAUGUUUUUACAGUAGCCUAGAAGGGACAAACCAAACACUGACUCUAGAUAGGGACAUUUGUGUCUUACUGGUUUAAAUCACCGGAUCUGUAUGUUUCGGGGAGGAAGACACCUCUACAGAUAAUUCGGCAUACAGUAAAAACCUCCUGAACAUCGGGAUCAGAAAGGAGGGUGAGCACACAUUAGCAGGUGCUAGGCUAACGGCUCUACUCACACAAGCCAAACGGCAUCUGAAAAACACUGAUUUGUUAUGUGAAACUGCUUUAUUCAGAGUGUUACCAGUUUAAAUCCCUGGGUUUGUUUGAUUUGGAGAUGUAUACAUAUAAGUUGGAUCCCGGUAAAAACCUCCCGAACAAAGAACACUGAAGGAAUUCGAACCAGGAGAAGUUUCAGCUGGUUGCAAUCUGCCGUCCUCACCACUAGAUGCCACUAAAUCCCCCUGAAUCCUACACACUGCUCCUUUAACAGGAAGUAGAGCACGCAGCAGCUGAAUGAUACAGCAUCAGAUUCUGUCAGUCUCACACUGUAAGACCUCGACUUGUUUUUCUGCAGCUACCCACACUACCAACAUCUUCUCUCAGUCACUUUGAUAUCUACAGUAUGAAGUCAUAUUCUUUGUGCCUUUUUACAGCUGACCUCUGGCUGAUGUUCAAUCUUUGAUAUCACAUUUUAACUCGUAACAUCACCAACACGGUAAAGUUAGGUCUGGUUUGUUGGUCAUUGUUUUUUUUUCGAUGCACUGUGCCCUCAUAUUGUUUCACUCCUGUCUUUAGAUUUGCAGCAUUUGUGAUAGAUGUUACCACGACAACAAGGUCUUUCAGACACCUUGGUUUUAACCGACUUCCAAUCUCUCUCUCACCUCUCUGCGUCUCUGUCUUCACGCUGCUUUAGCAGAGUAAUCCUCUCUGAUGUACUCCACCCCCCACACCUCCACCCUUACUGUACAAAAACUGCAUAGACAUUCACUUAUACCUCAUGAAGAUAAUAAGCAAUAAUAAUGCAACUAUCCAAGACUAUCAGCCAUCCAUCCCCACCGUGCCACGUCGAUCUGGUCUGAGAGGAAACAGUGUUUGUACAAUAUCCUCUUUGUCUCAUGUGGACACUUGUAAUGUCGUUCCAUAUAACUGAAUAUUUGAUUGUGAUCAUGCAAAUCCCCCUUUUGACAGCAGGUGUGAAAUCUAUAUUCUGUAAAUAUUGGUAGAGAGAUUAAUGACAGAACUUAUUGUAAAUACUAUACUAACUGGAGCCAAGCCCUGAUAUGUAUUACUGUGCUGUAAUACACCAAGAUAAAACUAUAUAUAUAUAUAUAUAUGAAUAUAUGCAGUAUAUCUAUAUAUUACAUACAACAGCUACCCGUAUUAUUUAUGAUAGUGUGAUGAAAUUAAUUGGUACAUAGCUUUCGUGAUGGCUCAAAAUGUAAACACAGAACUAUAUUGUACCUGCCCUAUUCAUAAUGAAUGUUUUGUAAUAUGCUGCUUGAGUGUGGAUUAGGAUACUCAGUGUCGUACCCUACUUCAGAAAUCAGCAAAAGAUGCCAAAAAUAUGCAUAUUCGGUGUGCAUAUUUCCAGUACUGUUAUUAUUGUGUAUGUGGGGUCAGAACAAAAACACUGUCUAGAUUCUAGAGAGUGCUGUGCCCAUGGUGCCACGUACAGUUGCCUUGGUAACAUAAACCACUUUAUCCUAACCACUGAUUUUUCUUACUGUGAAAACCCCCUCGCUCUGAGGUCUCUAAUGCGAGAGCAGGGCGGGCCGUUUAGUAAUUUCAGUCAUGCCAAAAGAAGACAAAAAAAUAAAGGCCCUUACUGUAAAUCCACAGAAACAGUGAUAAUAUAAUAAUCAUAAGCCUCUGCAGAAUCUGAGCUCAGCGUCGCGUCUAAGAUGGCAAAAUAGCACAUCAUUUUGUUUUGCUCUCUUUUUUAAAGAAUUCCGUUUCGAAGACAAAGCCAGGCUGAAUGGAUACUGUGAGAUGUUAUUUUUCUAUGAAAUUAUCUUUUUUGAAAUACUCAGGUUUUCAGAUACUUUGCUCUAGAUAAGCCAUUAGGAAGAAAAGCUACAAUCACACCAUUGUCAUAACACAGAGUGGACUCAUAUUAUUUAAAUGUCACGUUCAUGGCAGCAUUAAGGAGACGCAGACUGUUACGGAUGUUUGUUACCAGCCCAUAAUUAUCUUGAUGCUAUGAGUGAAGUCCUUCAUGUGUACCCCAAACCACAGAGCUGAAGCAAGUUGCUUGUUGUGCCCUGCCCAUUUGUUUGCAUUACGGCAGCACAGUGACCGAACCAACAUCCUGUAUCCCCCCCCUCCAACCAGUGACCACACAGAGUAGCUUGGUAGCCGACUUAUUUUAUAAUGUUUGCUAAUGUUCUUUUUUUAGACUUUCAUUUCCUAAGGGGGAUUAUAUGGCCGAACUGUAAACACAUUCUAAUAAAACUGCAA